AUGUUGAAUUUUAUUCUUUUGCAAAAUAGGCAAGGAAAAACCAGAUUUUCUAAAUGGUACAUUAAUUGCAAUGAAACUAAGCAAAAGAAAAUAGAAAGGGAUAUAAACAAAAUUUUAAUAAAUAGAAGCAGAUCCUAUGCAAAUAUAUUUAUUUAUGAAAAUUUUAAAAUUGUAUAUAGAUUAUACGCAGGAUUAUAUUUUGUUGUAUGCAUUGAAAAUGAAAACGAAUUAUACAUUUUGGAAUUCAUUCAUUUUAUGGCUCAAUUAUUAGACAAUUUCUUUACUAAUGUUUGCGAGCUAGAUUUAUUAUUUAAUUUUCAUUUUCUGUAUUAUUUUUUUGAUAAUAUUAUAUUAGGAGGAUAUAUAUAUGAAGUUAAUAAAAAUAUUAUAUUAGAUAAAAUAAAUAAAAUUAAAAAGCUCAUAUAA